AUGGCAGGUGCCGAUGCUCUGCGCGAUAUGGAGACACGUGCCAUCCGCGAGGCGCAGCUAGAAACAUAUACUAGCAACUUGGGCUCGGUAGCACUGAUGCUUGCAGCAUUUCUGUGGCUGACAUUGCCUCCAUUAUGGAGUGUCGUCAACGGCGAGUGGAGCUCUGCCAUCUUGCCCAGUCUGUUGGCUACUGCAGGUCACGGAGUCUUCGUGGUAUCGGUGCUGCUAGUGAUGCGAGUGGCACAAGUGCAGGGGGAAGAGCUGCUUAUUCAAUUUAAUGCUAAGUACUUGGCUCGAGCUAACAAGUCCGAAGCUAUCACUACCUCACUAAGUGGCUCUGCACUAAUUGACGAGGUAAUGAAGCUCAAGUCACUGCGUGGACAAUUAUCAGAUAACAAAAAAACGUCUCAUAAAGGACGGAUUCAAGACAGACACUCCUUCUUUGACCCCGCUCCAGUAAAGACUGUAGAGGACGGCAAGGCGUAUCUUCGUCGGCUUUUAAAAGCUCAAAAGCAAACUGAAUUGGAAGAAUCGAUGCACUCAACUUCGGUUUACGGCAUGGAAAACUCAUACCAGAGUGAUGCUUUUGGCAUAUAUGGCAAUACAUCUAUGGUUCCUCGUGUAUAUCAGGCAUCAGGAUUUGACCCGUACCUUCGUGAUAUUAAUAUUGGAGAGGAGGAGGAUCCACUACGUACAUCAUCGCUUCCGCACAUUGCGUGGCAGCAACUUGAAGAGUGGGGACUUGCCAUGUUUAUGCAUUUGUAUUGCCGCAACAUUCGUCGCUUGCUAGCGUAUCACGUGAAAGAUGUGGUUGAGGCAUUUCUCGAUAAUGCGAAUGCACUGAAUAAUUGCGGCGUCAUGGCAGACGUUUUACUUCGUCGUGUGCCAUCGCAGGCGAUACUCUGUCCGCCGGGUCAGACCAAUCAAAUGACGAAUGUGUCGCUUUCGGACAUGUUGCGAAAUCUCGCGAAAGAUCCACUGUUUUAUAGUCAAGAGCGAGGGGUGUAUCUGUUCGAAGAGCAUCAAAGUUUUGAAAAAUAUUUGAAUGUGGGUGAUCCAAGCAGUACAGACUAUGCUUCACUAGAGCGUCAACAAUACGUGCUAGAGCGGCUCAUCAUGUUGUCAAAAGAUCGUAGUCUUGAUCGGUAUCGUUGGAAUAAGGGCUCGACCUGGAAGGGCAAAGAUUGGGCUGACAGCUUGCCUACAGAUGCGGAGAUUUUAAUGAACACAUUCUGCUGUCUGAUGGAUAACAUGCUACCAGCAGACAACGGGCGUGAUCGGCCAUUUUGGAAAUCUUAUUAUUUCAACAAGGGCCCGAACAGACCAUUUACACUACAAGUUCGAAGUCGGCUGUUCCUCGUAAAAACAGUAGCGCGUCCACCUCAUUUUAAGGCGCUGGUCAAGGGGGCGGUCCGGGAGAUUGUUCCGGGAGAGGAGAAUUGUUUUCAUGCAAUCGUCGUUUAUCUCCAUGCUGUCAAAAAGAUGAAAGCCGGCUACUUGGAGAGCAUCAAUCUGCACCGAAUUUUUGAGCAAGUCUUUGACGUUUCCAAAUAG